UCAGAAACUCUCUCACACGUCACACACAUACACACAGACGCGCGCGCGCGCACAAACACUCACACACACUCACACACACACAGGCUGCAGUGCUUCGCGACACUCACACCAGCUCUGAGCACUCUACACUGAAGUAUGUCGGACACGUACGACGAGCUUCUUCGCAACCUACUUCAGAUCGGCCUGAACGAUGAUUUUCCCAAGCAGCACUCAAAACCAGCAGUGCCCCGCCAGCUAUCUUCCUGCUUCUCGCCGAAGAGCCUGAGCUCUGAGAAACUGAGUGAGGACACGUUCAGCUGGUCAUUUGACAUAUGGAGUGAGAAUGUGCCAAAAAAGCCGCAGUAUCCCUUCAGGUCCGACAGAUCUAUGAGUCUGACUGACAACUAUCUCCCCAACUUCCCCAACAACAAGAUGAAGUCUCUCGAACUUCCACCGCCACCUGGAUUCCCACCUUUAGCUCCUCAGCCUUCAAACCGGUAUAAGACUGAGCUGUGUCGAAGUUUCCAAGAGAACGGCAGCUGCAAAUAUGGUAACAAGUGUCAGUUUGCACACGGUGAGAGUGAGCUUCGAGGCCUUUACCGGCAUCCGAAGUACAAAACAGAGGCAUGUCGCACGUUCUACAACUUUGGAUACUGUCCCUAUGGAAGCCGCUGCCACUUUAUCCAUGAGGAGAAACUCUCCUCUCCUCAAACACUCAACCAGAAGACCCAAGCACCUGCCAGCCAACAAGCGCGAGUUCUUCGCCAGAGUGUAAGCUUUGCUGGGUUCCUCGGCUCUCGCAGUGUCUCCCCGCCAAUAUCCUACGAAUCCAUGGGCUUCAGCCGUGCGCCAUCGGUUUCUCCUCCACCUACCGACAUCUUGUCCCCUGCAUUUAACGACACGAGCCGUGACAUGUUUCCAUUCCCACAGACCAGAGGUGAGAGCGAUGUCCAUAACCAUCCUCUGCUAAUAGAGCCUCAGAAGUCCUCACACUGUGUGUGGGGUCAAGGAACAAACUUUGAGCCGUUGGCAGGCAAGUGCAAUGGGAAGGAGAACCGAAGCAGUGGCUUUGGUUUCAGCCAUGCCAGCAUGCAGCGCUUCGCCUCUGACGAUUCGCUCUCGGACCACGAGAGCUACAGCAGCACAGGGAGCUCAAGUGGCUCUGAAUCCCCCACCUUUGAAAAUGCAGCCAGCAAACGCCUCACUGUUUUUGCUCGCAUGUCUGUUUCUGAGUAAAUUUUUUUUUUUUUUCAAAGGACAUUUUAAAAAUCACAAUCUUUUCCAAAGAUUCUUUAAUAUGACAUCAUAAUAUGACAACUCUUAAUAAUAUUGUUUAUUUAUUUACUUUAAUUACUGGCCAUAGGAAAUUUAUUUUGAUACACACUUGCAGUCUAAAGCUAUGUAUUUUUAUUGCGUGUAUGUACUUUCUACCAUCGUGUCUUCCACUCGCUUGCUUUGCUCAUGGCAAAUUUAACACAGACAUUGGUCAAAGGCAUCAGGUGCCGUAUUAGUGCCACUGAUGUAAGCAGAGCUCGUGUCUGUGCCCAUUCCAAACAAUCAAGUUGACACAAAGAAGAUAAUUUUUGGCUCCUCAACCAGCAAUGUGACAAACCUGAAAUGAUAGCUAUUACAUGUACUCACUAAGAAAUGCACUUUACCUCUACUGGGAGAUAUGUAGCAUUUAACCAAAGCAUUAUGAUCUACUGUGCCUGUUUUGUAUGAGUGGCUCGGAUCUUGACAGCCUUUUGGUAAAACCUCCCUCUGUUAUAAUUUACACACGACAAAUGUAAAACAAUGUUUUUUAUUUCUUUAUUUUUUUUCCAGACAAGACCUGUCAGAUUGUCUUGUUUUUUUCAUCAGGGACUGUAACAAUACAGUAUUUCCGUAGUUUAGGAUGCCUUCAUUUGCAUUGUUUUGUAAUUGUAUAGACUUAACCAAUGUAUUUAUUAAGUAUUUAUUAAAGUAAUAGCAAUGUAUUUUUUACUUAUUUAUCAACACACCUUGGGGUAUGAAAAGUGUUGCCACAAAAUGAUGGAUUCAAUAAUAAUAAUAAUUUCCCAAAAAUUUAUUAAAUAAAUUAUGUGGAAAGAUAA